AUGAUUACAAAAUUAAAACAAUUGAUAAAUGAUAAUUCUGCUGGACAAGCAAAUAAUCCAAUUUUGGCUGCUCUAAAAGAUUUAAAAUUAAACAGCAAUGACACUCAAUUUACAUAAUAAGCAGAAAUAAGCAAGAGAUUAAAACACUUUUUUGCCAAUGAUCAAUCAAAAUCUUAGUUUUUAAAAUAAUUAUUAGUAGUAGUAGGAGAGUACUUAUAAUAGGAGAAAAAUUUCUUCAUAAAGUUAAAAAUGCUCUUAUUAGUUCAUAUUAUCAUCAGUUCUUAAGUAGCAAGGGCUGAAUUCUCAAAAAUGAUUAUCAAUACUCGUUUAAUAAUAAAUAUCAAGAGCAAAGAUGACUCAGAGAACGUGUAUGGAUAAUUAUGCCAAUCUUAUUACUGUUAUAUAUAUAAAUUGGCUGCUCAAACCACUUUGAUAAAUGAAGAAUUCAAUAAACCUUAAGAAGAUCUAAUGAUCUACUUUACGUUGUCGAAUUAAUGCUACAUCGGAAUGAGUAUGUAACAUUUGAUAGAAAGAAUAAGUUAAGAUCAUGAAACCAAUCCGGUGAUGGCACAUUUAGUUAAGUUCCUCUAUUUUGACAUUCAGGACAUUUAUAUUUUCAUACUCAAAGACGUAAAGUAUCUUAUCGAAAAGAACCCAAGUUUGAUAGGGAACAAAUAACAACUGUUGGAGUUGUAUAAGGAAUGUCAAUCAUUGUAAACCAAGAUGCUGAGUUUCUACAAAUUCAAUAGAUUCUUUCCUCAUUUCAAUUAGAUUAUGCCUCCCCAUUCCAUUCAGAUCAAGGCUUCUGUGCUAAAUGCGAUAGUUGAAGAGAAGCCUCUCAUGAAAUAGUCUUCAAUAAAGUCAGGCCCACAUGAGAUACGAGAGCCUUUGUCUGUAAAGAACUCAGAUAGGAAACUUUAGGAAUAUAAUAGACCCUUCUCUCCGAAAUAGAAAAUGCAUUGAUAAUCUUAAAUUGCAAUUUAAAAUACUUAAUUUCCUUAA